UGCAGUCAGUUAGUUCUCAGCACCUUAGUCGUGUUGUUUUUCUUGUCUGUGAUACUCCGGCAGGGUGAUGAAGGGAGGAAAAUAUCUGCUGCUCUUGGCAGCGUUUGUGCUCCAGGCAAGAUGUCAGCAAGAUCUACAAGUCACUAUGUCACCCCCAUUAAAUGAGACCUUCUCUGGGGACUUAAUUUAUUUGACCUGUAACAACAUCCCAAGUGGGAGCGAAGUCAUGUGGUAUUUAAACGGAAAUCAGAAGGUAAUGCAGGUGAACAAAACCUUGAAGAUACCAGUUGCUGACCCAGUGGACUCAGGCACGUAUCAUUGUGAAAGCAAUGGGAAAAAAAGUAAUGGUGUCUCCAUCGACGUCAAGGAAAACAUUCCGAUAGCCACACUCAAAAUCAAGACAGGCCAGCCAGUAAUGCGGCCUGGAGAAUCAGUUGUCCUGCAGCUUGACAACGACGACGGUCUGCAGGGAUGGAUGUGCAGGGUCUAUAGGGGACAUGAGACAAAACGGAUUGUACUGAGGUCGAAGGACAAUCCCAAGAGUCUGAGUUUUCAAUCCAAAGAUCUGAAUGUCCAAGAGACCAUUUACUGGUGUACCGAUAGCACUCAACAACGCAGAAGUAACCAAAUCACAGUCAGGACCUCAGGGAAGCACAUAUCGCUGGAGAUGUAUCCUCAGCCUGCUAUAGUUGGGGAGAAUUUGAUUCUGAAGUGUUAUGUCUGGGGCACAGAUAAGAUUAGGCACGUUGUUUUCUACAAAAAAGGUGAAAUGAAUGAUUGGAAGGUCAUUCUGGAAAGUCGCAGUUCUACCUACAAAAUCCCUGACGUGACAGAAUCUGCAAAAGGACAAUAUAAGUGUAAUGCCAUCUACACACACGUGGCCCGCACUUAUGGACCCUCAUACAACGUGACCUCUGAUAUUCAAGAAGUGUUUGUCCAAACUCCUAAUGUGAAGGCAGUUGUCUCUGAAAAACUUGGCUUGUCAUGUUCUUGUCCACGUUGUCCCAGUGAUGUUUCCUAUUCCUAUCGUUGGUACUACAAGAAAACUGAUGGUCAGUCAUGGACAUGGAUGGAUUCCAACGCAGCAUUCAUGAUGCCAAAAGAAAGUGCUACUUAUGCAUGUUCUGCUGUGUGGAACAACGGGAGGUCUUUUCUCAGCAAUGGUUACUACUAUCGACCCCCAAUCAAAGUUUUUAUGAUAAUUCUGAUCGUCUUGCUGGUGUUGCUAUGUUUAGCAGCUACAGCUGCUUACAUCCUGUGGAAGAGGAGAAACACCAGUGGACCUAUAUACGAGGAUGUAGGACUGAGGCAACGGGACAGGGGCGAUGACAAAUAUGAGAUGCUGCAGAAGACACGUGGUGACCAAAAGGAAGCGGAGUAUGACACGCUUAACCCAGAAGCACCAGGGAGAGAGAGGAAAGAGGGUAAUUACGAAGCAUUGAAAGGGGGAACAAAAGAGGUGUACCACACCCUGGGGGCGGAAGAGGCAGCAGGAGGAGCACGUGAGUAUGAAGCACUGAAGAAAGAGGGAAUGAAAGAGGGGGAGUACCACACCCUGGGGAUGCAGGGGGCAGCAGGUGGAGGGAGGGAGUAUGAAGCACUGAGGAAAGAGGGAAUGAAAGAGGAGGAGUACCACACCCUGGGGAUGCAGGGCACAGCAGGUGGAGGGAGGGACUAUGAAGCACUGAGGAAAGAGGGAAUGAAAGAGGGGGUGUACCACACCCUGGGAAUGGAGGGUGCAGCAGGUGGCGAAGUAUAGGGAAGGAUGAAGAAUAAGAUGUAGUGAAUGAAAAAAAAGUAGGCAAAGGCAGAGGGGCAAAAGACAGGAGAUAGAUCUUCCUGCAAGGUCAGAUGAUAUUUUGGUCACAAUCUUUAAGUUCAAAUUUGAUUUGAUUUGAUUUCGAACAAAGAUUUGAGUGCCAUGUGCAAAAUGUAAGUAAGUAAACAAAAGUUUAAAAAAAGGACAAGACUACCAGAUAACACAAUAAAGAUCAUGUAUGUUACACAGCGUAAAAACUAACAAUUGUUGCCAUUGCCAUUUUAAUCGUGGUAAUUAUAUGGAAUAUCUUGUCAAAUGUAAAUUACCCGAACAGAAAAUUAUCCAAUUUGUGGUUCCAACAGUUAAAAAACAACAACAAAUGUAGCGAGUUGUAAGGUAAACAAAUGGUUAACUGAUCUUCAGUAAUUUGUCUGUCAACUAUUUUUUUCCAACCCUGAUAACAAUCAUACAUAUACCUUUUCUGCUACUACCGGCAUUUCACAUUUAUGUUUUACACAUUAG